AUGCAGCGGGCCGGAGGCUGUGGCGCCCCUGGGGGCAACGGCGGGGGCGGCGGCGGGGGCCCGGGCACUGCCUUCUCCAUCGACUCCCUAAUCGGGCCGCCGCCGCCGCGCUCCGGCCACUUGCUGUACACCGGCUACCCCAUGUUCAUGCCCUACCGGCCGCUCGUGCUACCGCAGGCGCUGGCCCCCGCGCCGCUGCCCGCUGGUCUCCCGCCCCUCGCCCCGCUAGCCUCCUUCGCCGGCCGCCUUACCAACACCUUCUGCGCGGGGCUGGGUCAGGCUGUGCCCUCGAUGGUGGCGCUGACCACCGCGCUGCCCAGCUUCGCGGAGCCGCCCGACGCUUUCUACGGGCCCCAGGAGCUCGCCGCCGCCGCCGCUGCCGCCGCCGCCACUGCCGCCCGAAACAACCCCGAGCCAGGCGGUCGACGCCCAGAGGGUGGGCUGGAAGCUGAUGAGCUGCUGCCGGCCCGGGAGAAAGUGGCAGAGCCCCCACCACCUCCGCCUCCGCACUUCUCAGAGACUUUUCCAAGUCUGCCGGCAGAGGGGAAGGUGUACAGCUCAGAUGAGGAGAAGCUGGAGGCACCAGCAGGAGACCCAGCAGGCAGCGAACAGGAGGAAGAGGGCUCAGGCGGUGACAGCGAGGACGACGGUUUCCUGGACAGUUCUGCAGGGGGCCCAGGGGCUCUUCUGGGACCUAAACAGAAGCUAAAGGGAAGCCUGGGGACUGGAGCUGAGGAGGGGGCACCAGUGACAGCAGGGGUCACAGCUCCUGGGGGGAAAAGCCGACGGCGCCGCACAGCAUUUACCAGUGAGCAGCUUUUGGAAUUGGAGAAGGAAUUUCAUUGCAAGAAAUACCUGAGCUUGACAGAGCGCUCUCAGAUCGCCCACGCCCUCAAGCUCAGUGAGGUGCAGGUCAAGAUCUGGUUUCAGAAUCGACGGGCCAAGUGGAAGCGCAUCAAAGCUGGCAAUGUGAGCAGCCGUUCUGGGGAGCCCGUAAGAAACCCCAAGAUUGUUGUCCCCAUACCUGUGCAUGUCAACAGGUUUGCUGUGCGGAGCCAGCACCAACAAAUGGAGCAGGGGGCCCGGCCCUGA